CGUGCGAGGCGAUGGGGGGCGAGACCCCUCAAGCAACGGCAGCCGGUCGGCAGCGGAGAAUUUUAGUGACAGUUUGGAAGCAAGAUUAAGCACUGAGAUGUUUUACCAUUGGGGGAGGGUGAGGAGGUUGUCUCUUGAGAAACUACCUUUGUGGCCUUUUAUCCAGGUGAGACCUUUAUCAGGGGCUGAUGCUGUCAAUGCCCUGCGGCCAUUCUAUUUUGCUGUGCAUCCAGACUUCUUUGGCCAACAUCCAAGAGAGAGGGAAGUCAAUGAAAAUUCUUUGAAGAGGUUAAAUGGGUAUUUGGAGAAUCUCCAGAAGCCAGGCUUCCAUUCUUUUAAACCAACCCAACUCACUUUUUAUGUACGAGAGAGAGAGCAAAACUCUCCCAAUGUCCAAGAACCAUUUGGGGCUUCAGGUUUUCGAACCGUCAGUUUUACUUUGCAAACCAAGGACCUGCUAAGCACAGUAUUGGACAUCCUGAACUCCUGUAGCUUAUCUACUGAGCACGUCCAGAGCUUAUAUGGCAAUGUGGGGACUCUCUCUAACCGGGGAGCACCGAGAGCGUUCCAAAGGCCUAUCAAAUGGGACAAGACUUAUUACUCUUUUACUGGGUUCAAGGACCCUGAGGAAGAGCUCGAGCAGGCUCAGAGGAUGGAAACAACUCUGAGUUCCUGGUUAGAUAACAAUGAAAAGAGUGCAGUAAAGAAGCUGAAGAAUAGCUUGCCGCUCCGGAAAGAACUGGACCGUUUGAAAGGUGAACUUUCCCGUCAGCUGCAGCUCUCUGAUAUUAGAUGGCAGAGGAGCUGGGGCAUUGCUCACCGGUGCAGCCAGCUGCACAGUCUAAGUCGGCUGGCUCAGCAGAGCCCAGAAGCUCUAAGGAAUGCAAAAGGACGCACACUGAUAUUCACUGACCAAUCGGGCAUGAGCGCAACGGGCUAUGUUAUGCUAGGAACGAUGGAUGUUCACCACCACUGGACUAAAGUUUUUGAGAGGUUGCCAAGUUACUCUGCGCUCCAGAGGAAACUGCUGCUCUUGGAGGACCAGAUAAGCCAUCUUUUGGGAGGCAUCCAAAUAACAUACAUAGAAGAACUGCAGCCGAUGUUCACCCUGGAAGAGUAUUACGGUAUCCUGGAUGGCUUUUAUAACAGAGUGCGCAAUAGCAGGCUUCCAUUUCACCCUCGCAGUCUGCGUGGAUUACAAAUGAUUCUGGAAAGUGACAGGUAUGCGCCAGGCCUACAUGAACUUGGGCACUUUAUCAUACCGGCAGUCUGUGAUCCAGCAACUCUUCUAUGGUUUAUCAUCUCCAAAUCCAAAGAAGCCAGGGCUAAUAUGGAAAGGAAGGAAGAAUUAAUGGUGCUUGAAAAGGAACUGAUCAAGGCUUCCACAGAGAGAUUUUCCCUUCACCAGCUGUACAAGGAGCCCAGUAUUUCCAGCGUGCAAAUGAUCCGUUCUUGCAACAGACUGCUGAAAGAGUCGCUGCCGUUCCUGCAAGGCAUGCGUCUCUGCAUUUCCCACUUCUAUUCGGUGCUGCAGGAUGGAGACCUCUGUAUUCCCUGGAACUGGAAAAACUAACCUACCUACCAA